UGAAGCAUCGGCACCGAUAGAGGGAACGAUAUAACGGAGGCGAGGGAGGGAGAGAAAGAGAGAGGAGGGAGAGAGAGAGAGAGAGCAGAGCGAGAUGCUGACAGAUUCCUGAUAGAUGUGCAAAAUGGCGCAAGCAUGUUCGACCCCUGCGAGCCAGCAAUUGUAGCUCGAAACAUGAGGAGCUAACGCAAGCAAGACUUCAUUGUUUUUUCCCACUUGCUUUGCUUUUUUAAUUUCCUGGGCAAAAAAGUAUCAGAUCAUUCUCUAAAGUGAUUUAAAUGGCUACCAGAAGGCGCCACCUCGCUCCAGUCGUACUCGGAAUAUAUCUGAGCGCUUUUGUCGGUGUGUGUGUGGGUGCCGAGCUGUCCUUCACGCUGGAGCCCAGUGACAUCAUCGCGGUCCAGGAGCAGCCCCUCAUGCUUCACUGUCAGGUGGAUGGUAUCCCACCAAUCAGAACGCAGUGGCGCCGCAAUGGCAUGCCCCUCGCCACUGACCAGAGCUACACCAUGUUCGGCAACGGCUCGCUGCUGAUUGGCCGCUUCCAGAGGACACGCCUGGAUGGCUCGACGGACGAGGGUGACUACGAGUGCGUAGCCCAGAAUUCCUUUGGCCUAGUGGUCAGUCGCAAGGCACGGGUCCAGGCAGCCACGAUGGCAGACUUCCAUGUGCAGCCGCACUCGGUGAGGGGUGAGCUGGCGGGCGUGGGCCGCUUCCAGUGCCAGAUCCACGGCCUGCCUGAGCCCGUCAUCAGCUGGGAGAAGGAUGGGCGCCCGGUGGACACCUCAGACCAGAGGUAUACUCUGUUGCCCACAGGUGUUCUGCAGAUCACAGGUCUGAGGGGGGAGGACAGUGGAGUGUUCUGCUGUGUGGCCCACAACAGUGCUGGAGUCAAGCACAGCAACGGAGCCCGCCUCACCGUCUCAGGUUCCCAGUCAGCUGUGUAUAAGGAGCCUGUGAUUCUGGUUGGUCCAGACAACCUCACCCUCACAGUUCAUCAGACGGCCAUCUUGGAGUGUGUUGCCACAGGAUACCCCCGUCCCAUCGUGUCAUGGAGCCGGCUGGACGGUCGUCCCAUUGGGGUGGAAGGGAUCCAGGUGUUGGGGACGGGGAACCUGAUGAUCUCAGACGUGAGAGUUCAGCACUCAGGGGUCUACGUCUGCGCAGCCAACAAGCCAGGCACGCGCGUCCGCAGGACCGCACAGGGACGCUUGGUGGUGCAGGCCCCGGCGGAGUUUGUCCAGGCUCCACAGUCGAUCUCUCGUCCGGUGGGCACUACGGCCAUCUUCACAUGUGUAGCUCAAGGUGAGCCGCCGCCCCAUAUCACCUGGCUCAGGAACGGACAGGUGCUGGAGCCCAGCAGCCACGUCAAACUCAGGAACAACAACAGUACGUUGACCAUAGAUGGCAUUAGCCAGGAGGACGAGGCCAUCUACCAGUGCAUAGCGGAGAACAGUGCGGGCUCGACGCAGGCCAGCGCCAGGCUGACGGUGCUCUGGGCGGACGGGCUGCCCGGUGUGCCCACCCAGGUGCGGGCGCAGGCCCUCUCUCCCUCCGCCAUCCAGGUGUCCUGGAAGGAGCCCGAGCAGCACACGCAGGACAUCAUCGGCUAUGUGCUGCACAUCCGCAAGACCGCAGACCCAGCAGAGAUGGAGUACCAGGAGGCCGUGAGCAAGGCGACCCUCCUGCAGGUGGUGGGCGAUCUAGAACCUUCCACCAGCUACACGUUCUACGUGAAGGCCUACACGUCCCGUGGGGCCAGCAAGCGCUCCGACACCACCGAACAAAGCACGCUGGGAGAGGUGCCAGCCCCCCCCUCCCUGUUCACGCGUGUGCUAAACAGCAGUGUGGUCCAGGCGGCCUGGGAGGCCUCAGCCAAGCUGGCCCAGCUGGAGGGCUUCCGGCUCUACUACCGACGGCUUCAUGCCCCCACCUACACCGGCCCCCUCGUCUUCCCCAGGAACAUCAGCCAGCACAACAUCACACAGCUCGAUCCGACGAUGGUGUAUGAGAUCAAGAUCCUGGCGUUUAACCAGCAUGGUGAAGGCAAUGCCACCACUCGUUUUGUGUCCCUCAAGGAGCCAGUGGAGAAAUCAGUGCUGAACCCUCCGUGUGACUGUGAGAAGGACGAGCCCAGUAAGAGCUCCACCACCGGCAUCAUUAUCGGCAUCCACAUCGGAGUCACCUGCAUCAUCUUCUGUGUGCUCUUCCUCAUGUUCAGCUACAGGGGCAGGCUGAUGCUGUGUAAGACGGUGCAGGCCACCCCUCCUGUUGGUCGUGCGGUGGUCUUGGAGUCCUCCAGCUCUUCCCAGGGUGCACCGGGCCUCAACGGCAUCGCCCGGACAACCGUUGAGCUCCAGGGGUGUGCGUCCAUGGCGACCAAGCCCCACGAAGAAGCCAAUGAGAUGGAACGACUCUUCCCAGGCACCUCCCACUUUGAAGGUCGCAUGGACAGCACACACAUGAUGGAGAGCUCCCUGGUGUCCUGCCCAUUCAACGAGACACAGAUUUCCUCUCUGCCCCUGGACGAGCUGAGCCUGGUGGAGGAGCGAGAGACGCAGUUCCACCAGCUUCCUUUGGAGGGCGCCAGUGAGCAGGACCGAAGGUGAUGAGAAGAAACACAACAUGAAGGCCAGGGCUGGGAGCGUUGCCAUAACGACCAGUUCACAGACUCCUCACCUACUCAGGUCAACCCUAAUACGCCCCCCCCCCCUCAGUUUGGUUUAGUCACCUCUAUUUUUAUUUGAAAGUUACUUUUUUUGUUUUUUUUGUUUUUUUUGUUUUUAAUUGUUUCCCUUGAGGGGGAAAAGAUGGUGUUACCCUUGGAGAUGUGGCCAUUGUCUCGAUUGUGGGUGUGGCCCUGCUCUGAACAGACAGGCUUAAUCUCAGUAGCAGGUGGAGUGAAGAGUUUCUUUUCUUUGUUUCAUUUUAUUUCUAUGUUCUCAAAUGCCAACAGCACACGGAAUAGCCCACUCCCCCAUUUGGCUCCUCUGUUCAGUAGAACACUAGAGGACGUCCUCUCUAUGGUGCCAUUGAUAUCUGUUCAUAUUUCAGAUGUUUGUACUGAACUCCAGCUGCCUACUCUUAGCCUACCAAUGAUUCCACAACCCCUCCACUGGAGAAUAUGGCCUUCUCCUGGGGACAGGA